AAUGGGAAAGUACACAGCGCUGCUGCGUUGACCUGAAAAACAACAAGACUCUGGCAGAGAGACACACUUUCUACCGACAACGGCUCAUGACACUCUCAUAGGAACCCCAACUCGCGUUACAACAAUGGAGAAACCUCUCUUCAGGCAGAGCCAGAACUGCGGAGACUGGGAGCUGAAAGAGAGGCUGGGCAUGGGCGGCUUUGCCCAUGUUUACCUCUACCAGCAUAUUGAAACAAACGAAAAACUAGCUGUGAAAAUGUGCCGUCUGGAGCUCACACCAAGGAAUAAGGACAGAUGGAGCAGAGAAAUCCAGAUCAUGAAAAAGUUGAAUCAUAUCAAUGUUGUGACAGCCCAAGACGUCCCAGAGGAAAUGAUCUGCAUAGCCUUAAAUGAUCUUCCACUGCUGGCCAUGGAGUACUGCUCCAGAGGAGACCUGAGGAAGAUGCUGGGCAAACCCGAAAACUGCUGCGGUCUGAAGGAGAGUGAAGUGCUGUCAUUACUCAAUGAUGUUGGAUCCGGUAUCCAGUAUCUGCACGAAAACAAAAUCAUACACAGAGACCUUAAACCUGAAAACAUAGUGUUGCAAGACAUCAACGGAAAGCUGGUUCACAAAAUCAUCGACCUGGGCUACGCUAAAGACCUGGACCAGGGCAGUCUGUGCACGUCCUUCGUCGGCACGCUUCAGUACCUGGCUCCGGAGCUGUUUGAGAAUAAGCCAUACACUGUCACUGUGGACUACUGGAGCUUCGGAACAAUGAUAUUUGAAUGCAGCUGCGGUUUCCGUCCGUUCCUGCACAACCUGCAGCCCGUGCAGUGGGCCAGCAAAGUGAGGAAUAAAGGUCCAAAAGACAUCAUGGCUACAGAGGAGCUGAACGGAGAAGUCCGGUUCUCCACACAUCUGCCCUACCCCAACAAUCUCAGCGGGACGCUGCGGGAGCCGAUGGAGGAACUGCUUCAGCUGAUGCUCAAGUGGGAUCCUUUCCAGAGAGGAGGCAAAGUGAACCCCGAGACCAAGAGACCCCAGUGCUUUGAGAUGCUGGAGCAGAUCCUGAGCAUGAAGGUCGUCCACAUCCUGAACAUGACCACCGCUCAGGUCCACUCUUUCCAGUUGACUCCGGACGAGAGUCUUCACAGUCUGCAGAGGCGAAUCGAGACCGAGACCAAGAUCGAGGUGGUGAACCAGGAGCUGCUGCAGGAGACGGGCGUGUCGCUGGACCCCAGGAAGCCUGCAGCACAGUGUGUCCUGGACGGAGUGAGAGGAUGGGACAGCUACAUUGUCUACCUGUUUGACAAGAGCAUCACCAAGUACUCUGGUCCCUUCAGUGCCAGGCGGCUGUCGGAGAAAGUCAACACUAUUGUGCAAGACGCCAAGACGCAGCUGCCUCUGGUGGUGCUGAAGAAAGUCUGGGGUGAAGCUGUGAGUUACAUCUGUGGCCUGAAAGAGGAUUACAGCAGACUUUUCCAGGGACAGAGAGCCGCCAGGUUGAGUCUCCUUCGCUACAACAACAACCUGACCAGGUGUAAAAACUGCAUGUUCGGCUUCUCCCAGCAGCUCAAAGCCAAGCUGGACUUCUUCAAGAGCAGCAUCCAGUACGACCUGGAAAAAUACAGCGAUCAGAUGCACUACGGCAUAUCCUCCGAGAAGAUGCUGAAAGCGUGGCAGGAGAACGAGGAGAGAGCGGCGGCUUUCGCACAGGUGGCGGAGGUGAGCCAUCUGGACGACGAGAUCAUGGCUCUGCAUUCUGAGAUAGUGGAGCUUCAGAGGAGUCCUUAUGCCCGACGCCAAGGAGACAAGAUGGAGCAGCUAGAACAUAAAGCCAUCGACCUCUACAGGCAGCUGAAGAUGAAAUGCAAAAUUCCUGACUCGGAUGUGAGCAGCGACAGCUCAGAGAUGGUGAAGGCCAUCAUCCAGACUGUCCAGAACCAAGACAAGGUCCUCAAAGACCUGUUCACCCACCUCAGUAAGAUCCUGAUCAGCAAACAGAAGAUCAUUGACUUGUUUCCGCGAAUCGAGAAAACCCUGGAGAGCAUCAAGGAUGCUGACAACACAGUGAUGCAGAUGCAGAUAAAGAGACAGAGAGAGUUCUGGCAUUUACUCAAGAUCGCAUGUGCCCAGAACUCGUCACGAAACUCGAUAGCAGCCAGUCCGGAGUCGUCCAACCUGCUGCAGGUUUCUCAGUGGUCGCAGUCAGCGCAGCCUGUCAGCUCGCCACAUCCGCUCACAUCCCUACCUGGGCCAAAUGACAGUGAUGCUGCCCCGCGGCUGCUGCAGGAGAACCAGAAGUACCUCAGUCAGCUGACCAGCCUGAUGCAGGAGGCUGCAGACGACCAGGCCAAAAGCAUAGUGGACCAAGACUGGAGCUGGACGAAAUACGAAACUUUAACGACAAAAUUAAAAAAGCGAAACGCGUAAGCACCGUCGCAUCCUCCACCACACCCGCCUGUUCUCCGAGUAACACUAAGGACUGUAAGCUGUUCACGCAGCGGAGUGGCUUCAAACAUUGUACAGUUGUACAUGGACUCGGGACAUUGUCUUUAAAACAACACAACUUUCCUGAUCAUCUUUAAAAAAUAAAUAAAUAAAUAAAAAAUGUAAAAAGAGACGGCAUCCACACAUGCUCAGUGGUGUCGGUCUGCUCCCAUCGUCUCACAUGGUGGAAAGUUUGAUUAACCUUGUUUUUAUAUGAGAAAACAACAAAGCUCUGUCUCUCUUCUCGUUUUCCUUAUGCUGCACAAUACUCAUCGUAGUUCAUUCAAGCUGAUGAUUUUUACUGUCGUUGCAAAACUGUAGCACCAACCAGAUUUGAGGGGUUGUUUUUGAGGCGGAUCGAUCACAUCGACAGAAACACAUGAACGAGUUCGACCCUGUGACGCGCAGGGAAACAGGAAGUGGUCGGGGCAGGGUGGUCGAGGAGGAAAUUACAAUCAAGCAAGCAGCACUUUGAUACUCCCACAUAUCCUCUCUGUGAAGAGUAGCGGAAACGUUCCAGGCUGCCAAAACUGUCGCAGAAUUUACAGUCAGAGCGGGACAGAAGCUGUUCCCGUCACUCAUAAUCACUCUGAUAUAUUUUACUAUCAACACGUGGGGGGUUAAAUGCUAUCUAAGUAUGUUUUGUUUUGUUUUUUUUCUUCAAAAUAAUAUAUCAUAGGCAGAAGUGUUUUUGUCUUGUUAUAAGCGACGGAUGUGGCUGGCCAUCAUGUUUAUACGAUGUCUAUACUGUACAUGUGUCUUUUUAAAUGUCAUGGAGAUGCAGUGGCUCUCGUUGUCUCAUUCAUGUGCACAUAGUCGUUCAGUGGAUGGUUCGUUCAUGUCAUGUAGAGUUGAAACGAUUAGUCCAUGGUGGAGUUUAGAAAGGAAAAAAAGGUACAGUCGAGAAUAUCUGAAAAAGAAAAAUAGUGUGGAUUUCUGUUCUUAAUUGCAUCAAAAUAAACAAUAAAUCUGCAGGCGGAAGAAGAAGAUAGAAGAAGUUGCACCUAGAUGACUAUAAAAAAAGUUUCAGUCUAAACUCAAAUAAUGAAAAACAUUACAAAAAUGUAAAGCUACGUCCACACUAAUACAUUUAAACUUUACAACUCUUGACGUCUGCUGUGUUAACAGUCGGCGUCCACAUUACUCCAGCUUUCCAACAACCCUAAAAUGAAGCCGUUUGAAAAAUCUGCUGCCGUCUCUGCUUCAGUUUGAAGACUUGCAUUUUUGUCUGGCUGGGUGGAGACUGCUUUCUGACUGGAUCUAUGCUUCUUGGACGCUUUUAUCAUGUGGCAGUGUUGCAGAGGAAACAUCCAGACAAAAAUGCAAACCCCAAAGUUUUCAAACUAAAACAGAGACAGCAGCAGCUUUUUUCAAACGCCUCCAUUUUAGACGUGUUCAGGAGUUGAAGUAAUGGGGACGUGAACUGUUAGCACAUUCAGCGGAGUUGACAAGUCUUUGCUGACUUUGUCUCUGCUCGAAGCUGUUUGUCCAGUUAAGGAAAUCUCUGGUGCUACCUUUUUACCGUUGCUGUUCUUCCUUUGUAGUAUUUUCAUUAGUAUGCACAGAGCAUAUUCCUGAAACGGUGCUAAAACGCUGGUCUGGAUGGAGAUCGCUUUUGUGAAAACAUGUUAAUGUGGAUGUAGCCCAGAUUUCAGGAGUAAUUCUGAUUUCACAUUUUUGUUGAUAAACCAGCUUAUUCAGCAGCUUUUAAAACAAUUUGGCAAUGGUUUGCCAUUUUCCCAGUAUCUCUCCUCAGAGGUUUUUAAUGUGCAAACUGGAAUUGAACAUUAAACACACUUCAUCAGCAAAAAUAUAUCAGCAAGUAAUUUUUGAAAAUAUUCUAUUAAACAUUCUUUAUUUCUGUCCUCUUCAGUGUGAGAAUUUGCUUUUUUUCUUGGUGACAUAUUCAGGUUGAUAGUUUUAUCCACAGACCUUAUAAAAGAGAUGGACGUAGCCUCAAACAUGCAUUCUCUCUAGCAGUCAGCAGGGGGCGACUCCUUUUGGUAGCAAAAGGAGGCCAGAUUGUAUGAAAGUCUGAGAAAAUGACCCGACCUCUGCCUUGAUUUAUUACCCCAUUAAACAUUAACCUAAUGAGUUUAUGAUCUCUAUUUUAAUAGAGACUCAUGUUUAUUUGGUAGAUUAUGGUUUUAUUAAGAGUAAAAAAAACAGGGCGUGUAUUUACAUAUCAGGGUGUGUAGUGUCCUGGAAGUCGCCGUCAGAGCCACCCUUCGUUUGUCACAUCCGGAUUAAAAAGACAAAGAUGGCGAUGGCUAAACCAGUGAUGUUAUUGUGGCUGCGUCCAUCUUGUAUACACAGUCUGUGGUUUUAUCUUAUUGGGUUGUGUGUAAAACCCAAACAUAUACCGCCAUCAUAACAUGACACUGAAAAGCAGCAAAUCCUCACAUUUUAGAAGCUGAAAGAUGACAACAUUUGGCCUUUUCACUUCACAACACUGUCGAAACAAUGGAUCGAUUCUGUCCAACGGCCGUUUAAUUAUUGGAGUAAUCGUUUCAGCUCUUAUCACAAACACGAGCCGCCACCAUCCAUCCCAAAGCAACAUUACACAUCCAAGUGUGACGGUCCGGUUUCCUCGACCGCUGACAUGAAUCUGAACGAUUGGAUCUGAGAGCUGAGAUGCUCACAGGAAACGGCGGCCGGUAAACGGGUGAAUGUACUGCAGGUGGUCGGUCACGCGGUGACUUUGGGCAGAGAGACACGAACCUUCUUAGUUGUAUUUAUGAAGUUAAAGUGCAAUGCCAGAAAAUAUUUUUUGUAUUUAAGUAACUCGAUCAGUCAGUUUUCUUUGCAUUGGAGUAUUGUUUCCAUCUGAUGGUUUUGUCUCUGAAUGUUUAAGUUUUAGAAAUUUCAUUGUAUGAAGAUCAAAUGUUUACCUGGUAAUAAAAUAAAUGACUUUGGCACGA